UACGAAAUGUUACCCAAAACACCAAAUUUACCACAUGCGACCUUCUCUGGAGUUGCUCGAAUCAACAACGUCAAUCUCUGGUAUGCUUUGUUCGGGCCUCCGAUAGAUAGCGGCCGAAUCCCCGUACUUUUCCUGCAUGGGGGCAAGAUCAAUUCCAAUUGGUGGGGUCUCCAGAUCAAGCAUGUUGCUGAAAAAGGAUAUCCGGUGAUUGCACUCGAUACAAGAGGCCAUGGUCGCUCCAGCGACGAUGAUACAGUAUCGUUCUCAUACGACUUGUUUGCAGAUGAUACAGCAGCUUUACUGGCAUAUCUCAAGGUGCCAAGGGCUUCCGUUACUGGUUGGUCAGACGGCGCCAACACAGCUCUUUCUUUGGCCAUGCGCUAUGGCGAUAAAAUAGACCGCGCGUUAAUAUUCGGUGCGAAUUACCAACCCGAUCAAGUUAAUAUUGAAGGGAUGCUAGCCAUCCCUUUCCUGGACGAUGUAAAAAGCCGGAUGAAAUUGGAAUAUGAAGCUCUAUCUCCGCAUCCGGGCAAGUUCGAGAGCUUUAUGGCAAAGAUGGGUUUGAUGCAAGGCGCACUUCCAAACUGGAAUGAGCAAUCUUUUGCGCAAAUAAGGACUCGACUGGAAGAUCCUAUUCAUGCACCUCUUAUGUGGAUUGUUGAUGGAGCUUCGGAAGAAAUCAUUCCCCGGAGAGUUUUUCGCGAAAUAAGAGACAUGAUCCCGGGGUCUACUCAAAUUGUGGUACGCGUUGGACAUUUC